UUAUAUAUGUUUCUGUUGCGCGCGCGCUCUCUCUCACUCUCUCUCUCUCUCACCGCUUUCACUGAGUGUGCCGGCACUAUAAACACACUUAAAAGUAGGCAUGCAGAGCGUAGCGCCAUGUUUUUCCAUAACGUUCCCCAAACCCAGCGAAUUCCUUUCCAUUUUGUUCCACUUUGGCUGUGCCACUCAAACCUAAGCCAGCCGCCGCCAUAUUGUGGUAUUGGAGAGCGUGCGCCCAACAAACACACUCUCUCACACACACAAACACUCACACACACAGGCGCGCGCGUUCAUUCUCUCACUCUCUCUCCACACACGCUCAUUUGAAGUUGGGCGCGCUCUCACUCUCGCUUGGCCGUGUUUCAGUUUUCACCGACUUUAACUCGUUGCUAGGCAGCAGCAACAACAACAAUCUGUCAUUUCGUUUGCCGUUUCUCUUACUCAUCCGUUCUUGUGCUCGUCCUGCCGCUGCCUCUGCUGCUGCUGCUGCUGCUGCUGCUGGUCGUUGUCGACGUUGUCGUGUGGCCCAUGUGAAAGUGAAGUGAAAAGUGAAAUGUUACAACGAGAAUGCCGGUUUCGGCGGCCAAUAAUAUGCAAUAUGGUCAAAAUAUAUCCAUACCAUACUCGCAGCCGCAGAGUGAUCUGAACUUUCUGAACGCGGCCGCUGCAGCGGAUCAUAAGGGUAAAAUCCAUCCAAAAAUUGAACGUGACCGGGAAGAAGUGCUCAAUCAGCAAAUCUUACAGAAUGUCAAUCAGUCGUGGCAAACGCUGGCCAAUACCGCCAACACGGUCGACUAUUCAUCGCAUUUGCUAUCCGCAACACUGCCAAUCUCCAUACAGCACUUCCUCAAGUAUUCGGAAACAAUAAAGAAGGAGUCCACGGGCGAUGUCCUCAAGAAUGGCACCAAUUUGGCCAGCUUGGCGCUGGGUGGCGUCGCACUAACGCCCAGCAAUAAUGGCGCCAACGGCGGCGGCCAUCACAAUGGCGGUCUGGUGGGCAUGGAUCACGGCGGCCACAUGACCAGCAUGACGGAUGCGAACGGCUCUGCGCUGGCCAAUGGCGGCGCCAGCAACGGGGUCAAUGGCAAUGCGAAUGGUGCGGUUAGUAACGGGGCCGCCGUGUCGAGCACCGCGGCGGUGGGCACCACAAAUGCCACAGGUGGCACCACCACCACCGGUAAGAAGACCAAAAAGAAGAAACCGCCAAAGGAGAAGAAGCCGCGUCCCAAGCCCGGCGAAAUACGUGAAACGAAAGCGUUGGACGGCUCCACGCUCUACUGUUGCCCCGAAUGCCAGAUGGCCUAUCCGGACCGCAGUCUGAUCGAGCAGCAUGUCAUCUCGCAUGCCGUCGAGCGGCGCUUCGUCUGCGAUAUCUGCAAUGCAGCGCUCAAGCGCAAGGAUCACUUGACCAGGCACAAGCUAUCCCACAUACCGGACAGGCCGCAUGUGUGCAAUAUCUGCAUGAAGUCCUUUAAGCGCAAGGAGCAGCUCACCUUGCACAUUGUCAUACAUUCGGGCGAGAAGAAGCACGUCUGCAUUGAGUGCGGCAAAGGUUUCUAUCGCAAGGAUCACUUGCGUAAACACACGCGUUCGCAUAUUGCGCGUCGCGUCAAGUCGGAGGUCUCAGCCCAGAAUGUGAAUGGCAGCGCCGGGAACAAUGCGCAGAAUAAUGCGCUACACGGUUCCUGAGGUUCGUACAAGGACUUUUGGUAAAUUCACAAAUACAUUUCAUGCCCCAAAAGGCGGCUAAGUUGUUGCCACACAAAUUGCAGCCGCAAAUUGUGCAUUUUACUUUGGCAAAAGCUGAGCUGCUUUUGAAAUGUGUUUGGAGUUUACCGAAGGUCCUGCUGAGCGUCACCCAAAUCCAAUAACCCUCUCAAAAAACAAACAAGAAGUUAUACUACAGAAUGCAAGUAUUAGUUGAAUUUUGUUUAAGACACUUUCAGUUCUUUAGCUUUGGUUCUUUCAGUUCAAGUUUUCGCACAAAAAGCAAAGUUUAGCAAUUUAAUGUACAAAAAAAAAAAAACAACAAAAAAAUGGUGGAAAAAGGAAGCGAAAAGAAUUUCGAGUUGGAUUUUUAAAAUUAAAAUAUGCGCAUAGUUGGCUUUCAUUUCUUUAUGAGGAUCUGUGAUCUUUGCCGCAUAAACUUAAAAAAAAAAAAACAACAACAAAGC